ACAUAGUUAACAAGUCAACUCACAUGACAUGAAUGAAUACUGCCCACAGAGUCGUGUUACAUACUCACCUAGCAAUUAGACUUCAAAUCAUAUCAUUGGAGUAGGGAGUGCAUUUCUCCAGAAUCACAUCAGUCCUAUUCCGCAUGAAUAUAAUAUUCAAGGAUUUAAAGUGGGGCACCUCGACGAAAAGCUGCAGCCUAAAAGCAAAAUGAAUGAACGUGGCAAUACGGACAUUGCUUUUACUACUGUUAAGAACAAUUUAACAGUCGAGCAAAGCGACACAUGUGGAUUUGGGUAUUAUAACAGAACGGCCUCUGCAGUUGUUAUCAUAUUUUGCUGCAUAGCCAUGUCCAUUCAAAUAAACUGGCUGUUUCUAUCAUACAAAGGAAAAAGAUUGCAUAUUCGAGAGAAUACAUUUCAUUUUGUACAAGUUUUCGUUCACAUUUGCGGCAUACUCAAAGAAUUAAUAAUAGGCAUUCUCGUGGCCUUGGACUUUAACGAAUGUAACUUGCCAGGGGCUUUUACAUGGAGGAAAUAUUUGCCAUUUUGCAGGUUGAGUAUGAAAUACCUUUGUUUGAUUGGAAUCGUUAGGAUGAUGAAAAUUACUCAACCAUAUAUACGGAUUCCCUGGUGGGUAAUUUGUGUCAUGUCAGUCAUAGUAUGGCUUUACUGUGGAAUACUUGUCAUAAUACCAGAUAACAAGGACCUUGUUUGGGUGGACAAUGUUGCUGACAUAUGCUGUUUUGGUCUCACGGUAAUUGUACAUUCUAAGAUGUUAUGGUCCUUAAAGAAGAAGAUUUUUACUGUACAUGUUCAGCCCAAUGUCAUUACCAGACAAAAUCAGUUAAGCAUGCAAGCGUCAGUUAAUACAUUCCAGAUUCGUAAGCUAAAUAAUACACGUGGCCGUCAGACAGAGUUGAACAUAUCAAAUGAUCAUAUGACGUCCAAUAUUCCUAAGAUCGCUUGGGAUAUCCGUCAGUCAAACAUACCAACCGAUGCGUCCAACAUUUGCAAGCUUGGCCGUCAGAUAGAGUCCAUACCAGCUGAUGCGUCAAACGUCCGUCAGCUUGAAAACGUGCAUGGCCAUCAGACAGAGUCAAACAUACCAGUUCAUACGCAAACCGACAUUGUUGAUACAUUCCAGAUUCAUGUAGAUUUGAGUGAAUCAGAAAAUAAUGAGCCAGAUGCCAAAGAACUUCCCAAUGAAGAGCCACAAAUGCACAAAAUAAUCAGUGACAUUGGGGUGACGUUCAAUAGUUUUGUAAAAGUAAAUGCUAAACAAGGGCUAAAUAAAACUUAUUCCAGAAAUGGAAAUGAGACUUUGGAUUGUCAAAAAGUUAACAAAUGGAACAAGAUUUCCCCGGCAAAGUCGCCAGUCAAAGUAUUUACUGUAUCAAAUCCUGGCAGAGAGCAUCACCAAAACCAACAACCGCAUCUCAGUAUCGCCCAUCCUUCACGCCGAAAAGAUCUCAAGUGGGAAUACAAAUUAAUUGCCAGCGAGGUUGUCGUUUUGGUUCUCGUGACAUUGUUCCACAUGGUUGUACAAAUAACGUUUCGAAUGAAUGACUGUCAACUGUUCCAUCUCUUAUAUUCAAUAUUUGUAUUGUGUCUUUAUAGUAUUAUACAAUGUUUGACACUCCUCACUAGCAGGGCUUUACGUCAUGAAUUUGUCAAAAUCUAUUUCAGGAAGAAUUUGCGUGAGGAAUCUGAGGGUGUAAAUGGAUCCUGAAAAUUUUCUCCGUUUUUUGUCCGUUUUUUGCUUCGUUAUCUAAGCUGACACUUUAUACUUACGUUGACACCGGAAAGGGUAGUAUGUGCGUAAUAAGCGUGUGGAUAUUUCAUUUCAAUAAAUGAUUUAAAAGUUUGAUAUUU